AUGACCGAAGAUCCUAAUACUCAGUCAGCUGCAGAAGGCGGUGAAUCAUUGGGCAGCGCCGAUAAUGUCUGUAAUAUGCAAUCCGCAGCUACUGGAUCUUCCUCAACGCUUACGCGAGUGGUCGAUUCCGAGCGCUGCAGUUCGACUUAUACCAUAAGUCCUUCCAUUUCCGGUAGCGCGUCAUCAUCCAUGGAGUUGCUUGGUCCGCUCGGCGUCGAGCUUGAUGGGCUGGGUAUCAAGGGUUAUUUAAGCUUGCGUGAUGAAGGAGUGACUUACCACCGUAUGAAACGUUACUAUUGCCGAUGUGUGGGCAUCAACUUCUCGCGAUUUGCGUCUCGGGAUGCAGCGUCAGCUAUGAUCGCUGCACUAUAUAGUGCUGAAGUGCAGAAGGUGGAAUCGUGGGACGGAAAGGGUUUAUGGCAUACUUACCGCUAUUCCUUCAAGCUAUCGCUAACGUCCGGCAUUGUGUUCAACGUGGACGCCGACACAGAGGAGGACAAAUGUCAGUGGAUCGACUAUAUCGAAAAGGCGCUGAAAGGAACGAAUGCUGCAGUAGAGAAAUGGAGUGCACGUGCCUUAGUAGACCCUGACAUCAUGAAACUUUCUCCUGGAGGCAUCACGUUUGCCGAUAGAAAAUGCAGUCCGCCUAAGUUUAAAAAUGACGUGACGUGCUGUCACUAUGGUUGUCUUGUCCGAUUUGACGGCACUGGAAAGAGGCAACAUCACUGUCGAAAUUGUGGCGGAUCUGUGUGCUCGGAUCACAGCGCAAGAUUCGCUACUCUUCGGCAUUUCCACAUGAAUCACGCUGUGCGCCUAUGCAUGGGAUGCCACCGGGUCCAGCAUUUUACUCUGUGGCUUGGAAUGCUACUUCAACGUCUUCAUAUUGUUCAACAUGGAGAAGUAGGUAUAUUGGAACCAGCUUUGACUCAGGCUGACGAAGACGAAGUCGAAGUAUUGUUUGCGAUAUUUCGAGACGACACGUUCGGUGUCUCGGACGUAAUUCAAGUGCUUCAUUUACAUCGUUAUGGGUGCGAUGAAGCUUACGCUCAUGCUGUGAACAAACUCUUGGAACUGUCUAUAACAAAUUUAGCGGAUUUUGAAUUCUUUCUACCCCAAAUAUUUCAGAUUUGGCUCACGAUAGACUGGGCAAAUAACAAUAUAAAAGCAGCACUAUUGUUUCGAGCAAUCUGCUAUGCGACUCAGCUACAUAUUCGCCUCGCGACAGCUGUUUACUGGCUUACCCGCGCAGCUAUCGACGAUAGCUGUGGUUGGGGCUUUGGACAGUCGGAACUGUACAUCCCCGAUUGCCUCUAUCGAAAGAUGUGCAUGUGCAAGCUACUAAUGAUUAACGUUGAGAUGCAAAUUUUUCAAGGCGACUGGUCCUUUCACCCAGAUCAGGAUUUACCAGCGACGCCAGAGCAAGCUGCUAUCAUUAAGUGCCUCUUUGAUCGCUUGAUCAUCCUCGUUCGCACGAAUUCGAAAAUCCCCAUUUCGCUCGGCGCCAUUUGUGAUGCCAUGAGUGAAAGCUCCAUCCCACAAACAUUUUUAGCAAGCGAUACGUCUCUACGGGACUGGUAUCGCGAUAAUACAAUGGAGCGUCAGAUCUUUACGACUCAAAUUAAGUUUAUCGGAGAGCUUUGUGCUAUGACUGAACGUCUACGAUUCUGCUCUCCUCUUGAGCGCAAGAAGGCAUUGAAGGAUGAACUGCAGAAACUACAACUGCUUGAAGGAGCUUAUUGCCCUUUAGGCUCCUGUGAAAUUCCACUGCAGCAGUUUAUUGCGACCAUUCGAGAAGAAGGAACGGUGUUUACGACUAGGGCUCGAGCGCCAACACUUUUUUUUUUUGAAGUUGCGAAAUUGAAGUCAGCAAGCGCAUGGCUUCACCGCAGUCGAUCACGCAGAUUCAGCACUCAUCGUGACAAACUAAGCGAUUCCGGUGGGGUUUUCGAUGUGAACAGAUUUACAACUGCUUUCGACAGUGUGGUAGCAGAAAAUGCCAUCGAAUUGGCAACGAGUAGCGAUAUUGCUCAAGUGAUUGCGCUGGAUACCUUUUCGGGAGACGAAGAUGAACAAGACAAUAUUAAUCUUAACGACAAGUACGAUGGGUCAAAUACUUCAGUUGGUGCUGAAUUAGCAGUCAGCAACGGAAUGAAAAUUAUUAGAGAACGCAUUUCUUCGGAUCCUCCAGCCUCGCUGGUUACUCUUGCUCGAGCAGUUGGUGGUAUCAAAAAAUACAGUCAUCGUGUCCGCUCAGGAUCGCUUAUAGGUUCGACAACAAAGUCGCUGGACUCUAUCAUUGCAUCUUGCGCUGACACGAUUAAAAGUCGACGAAAGCGCUCAAUAAGUGAAGGAUCGGGGAUUAGCAACUCAGAGUCGAUGCUGAAUCUUGAUCCGGGCGUCACGUCGAAAGAAGUUGAAAAUUUCACUUACGAUCAGUUGAUCUCAAUGGCUCAGAACAUGGAAUUAAAUAUGUCUGAGAGUCACCCCGCUGGGCGCGUUACAUUUACAGGGAAAAAAAUUGUCAGUUGGAUGAUUAAAAAUGAUAUUGUCUCGAAUAAAGCCCACGCGCUCUGGCUCGGAAGUGAAAUGCUUCGCUGCGGUGCUCUCGAGAUGACGCCAUCGACAUCUAGUUCAUUUAGUGGAUUCGCUGCUGAUGAUGCGACAAUAUAUCAAUUGAAAAUAAACUCAAUAUCUCAAUCUGAAGUGCCUCGACACGCAUUGCAAUUCAAAAUGUCGCCCACUUUAGAGCAACAUCCCCGUUCAACGGUUUCGGAAGCAGCUACACCGGAAUCUCUUUCUCUUUGCCCCUCCUCACGUCUGACAGUCAAAUCUUAUGAGACAAAAGCGGACAUUGCCGACAUGGCUGAUGUCAUAGAUAUAAGAUUGACAGAAGCGUCAGUGGAAUGCGCUCUAAACUUUUCUUUAAGGGCUCCGAAUAAAUUUAAUGACUUUCUCUCAGGCUCCUCAGACGACAGACAUUCAGUUGCUUCAAAUUUUCAAAGUAGUUCGCUACUGUCAAAAUUUAAGCCUGACGCAGCUAUCGAGGCAAUGAAAUCAAUUGAGCUAGCAAUGCUGCAGCAUGUUUUGUCACAAGAGAGCGUGCAAAAUUGUGUCCAACUUGGGCAAGACCUAAAUUUUUUAAAAGACCAGCUGAAUAUUGUAUACGAAUACGUCAUUGACAAACAAAAACGUCUGCAUUUUGCGGUGGAGUCGACAUUCGGAGAAAGUUUUGAAGAGAAAAAGAAGCGCUUGCGAAAAACGUCUUCUUACAAUGUGGGAUCGGAGUUGAAAAGUUGGGAUUGCGUCGCUUUCAUUGUAAAGUCUAAUGAUGACUUGCGGCAGGAAGCGUUGUGUCAGCAGAUCAUUCGUCAGCUUCAGGACAUAUUUCAAAGCGCGGACCUGCCUCUUCGAUUGUUGCCGUACGAGAUUAUUGCUACAUCAGCGUCUACGGGCUUGAUUGGGUACGUAAAGAAUGCAGUAUCUUUGGAUAGUUUAAAGAAAAAAAGCAACUACACCACGCUGGCGGAUCAUUUUACUAAGACAUAUGGCCAAGCGGAUUCUGCCGCGUACAAGACGGUCAUGACAAAUUUCGUGCGAAGCAUGGCUGCGUAUUCCUUGGUAUGUUACCUUUUGCAGAUAAAGGACCGGCACAACGGCAAUAUCAUGAUUGAUAGCGAUGGACAUGUCAUCCACAUAGACUUUGGCUUUAUCCUCGGCAUCGCCCCAGGCGGCCGGUUUAGCCUGGAAACGGCACCGUUCAAGCUGACGGGAGAGAUGGUUGAUGCCAUGGGAGGAACUCAGUCGGACUACUUCAAGGCCUACGUCAUUUUUCUUAUCCAAGGUUUUUUGGCUUUACAGCAACACGCCGAUACCAUUCUAAUGAUGAUCGCAAUUAUGUCUCAAGAAUCGUCUUGCCCAUGUUUCUUAACACAGAAUCCGCGAGAGAUUUUAAGCGCAACCAAGCAACUUUUACGCCUUGAAUACGACCAGAGUCAGGUCAUCAAGCAUGUGAUUAGUCUCGUCCGUCGAAGUCACAACAGCUAUCGAACCCGCCAGUACGACGUUUUUCAGCGAAUGACAAAUGGCAUUUUACCCUAA